AUGAGUUGUAAUAAUAAAGCAUUAGAAACUGGAAUUGGACAUGAAUAUGGUAUUGGGCACGAAUAUGGUAUUAGACAUGAAUAUAGUAUUGAAUACGAAUAUGGUAUUGGGCACAAAUAUAGCAGUAUGAGUGAAUAUAUUAGUAUAAACGAAUAUGAUAGUGUAAACAAAUAUGGUAUAGACAAAUAUGAUAGUAUGAACAAACACGAUUUUAUAAACGAAUAUAAUAGUGUAAACAUGAACGAACAUGAGCAGUAUAAUUAUGAACCUGAAAAAAACGUUAUUGGAGACACAAAUGCUAAUUGUGAAAUACAGAAGAUGUUUAAUAGUUGGGAUGCUGCUAUUGAAAAAAUCGAGAAAUAUGCAUAUUGUAAAAGUAUAAUGUUAUUUACUUUAAACGAUUUGAUAUAA